CGAUAAAUCUGUGUAUUCUUUGCCAUUGAGAAAUCAUGCCGAACGCGAAAGUAUCCGUCGCAACAGUCAUUUACCCGUAAACACUAUGGAUAUGUUGCGGGGUAAUUGUUCUGGCUCAUCAUUUGUGGAGUAGGUGGGAGUGAUGGCGGCUCAAAAGUUGUGGACGAAUUCAGGUUGCCAUACAUUUCACUCUCUCCGUAGCCACUGCUAUUGACCUGGCCGUAUGCGAAUCCCCCCCUACCACCAAACACUCGGCGUCGAUACUGCACAAAACUGAACCCAUCGAACCGUUGCUUAUAUAUGUAAUACCCAACGCCACUAACGAGGCUGAAGAUUACCACGUUUCGGAACCAGUGAGACUUGCUCUCGCCUUCUCCUGAGUCAGAGGAUGGGUCGAUAUAAUCAUCAUCCUGAGGGAUAUAUGGCUUUGGUGUUGGCUUGUUUCCGGGAUCCGACGGAGCCGGUUUGGGGGCCGGUUUAGGAGCCGGUUUAGGGGCGGGUUUAGGAGCCGGUUUUGGAGCUGGCUUCGGAGCUGGCUUUGGCUGUGGCUUAGGUGCACUUGUAGGAGAUGGGGCUUCCGACGGAGGAAUACCAUCUGAUCCCUUCAGGCACUUUUUAGAAAACAACUUGUAGAAAUCCCACGCUUCUUCAGAAAUUUCAGCUUCGCAAUCCAGCCGACGAAAUGCCGGGAAAGGGCCAGCAUUACCACAGCCGUCUUUAAUAUACUUGCAUUGACCUUCUGGAGUCCAGGGAUCGUCGUCAAAUACUUCUUCCACGUUGUCCUUGCAGGGCUUAUAGAAUUCGUUCCAUGCAUCGCAGUCGAUCGCAUCAAGAGAUUGACAAGCAUCGAUCGAUUCAUAAAGAAUUGUCUUGAAAUUCAUGAAAGAGGGGCACAAGGGGCAUGCAUCCGAGGCUUUUUUGGAACAAUCGCAAAAAGUCCCCGCGUGCUCGUAUAGAUUUGUGGCGAGAGCGGCGAUCGCUUCCUUCGGUGCAUUCUUGCUAUUCCCAUCCACGGUUGGAUUGGUCAUUGCGUUCUUUAGAAUUUGCAUACAUGACAAUGCUGUCCGUCCGCCGUGGUUCUCUUCAUCUUUGAACGAGUGAGCACAUGUUUCAAAUGCGUCGAGCUGUCCAAAGUUGUUUUGAUCGAAUUCAGUGACCAAGAGAGAAACGCUAUCCAGAUUUGCACACGAAGAAUAAUCCAUGAUGGCCGCAGUCCCCAUCCUAGUUUCCUUGGGUGUGCAUUCCUUUAUUACUUUCUUGUUUUCGUUAUCCGUUGGUGUAGAUGGUAUGACUUGUCCCGGUCCAGAUUUAGUAGAGCAAAACUCGCUUUCUGCCUUGUCCGUACAAGAACACACGGUGCAGUCAAUGACGGACACAAAUGUUUCGAUGGCGUAACAGUAAUCUGGGGCAUCUUGAGUGACUGAAUACGAGAGGAACAGGGUGUAUACAAGGUGUCAGUAUUUUUCUUUUCGUAUUGUCGAACGCAUGAAAAAAACAAGCGGGAGCACAAUGCAACAAUCAUACUAUCACCAUUUACUAUCAGUGAUUUCUCGUGCUAGCAUGUAAACAUGUACGUCGUCCCGUGCCGAGGUACGGAGCGGUGCGUCACUUACAGCAAUCCUUGCAAAGAGGAUCUUCGUUGCAAGCACCUAAUUGGAUCACACACUUAUCUUCGAUACAACUAUAUAGAUCCUUGAAGCUCCUGUAGUCGGGAUCGUCCGCGGCAUGGUUCUCGGGCUUUUUACCGUCACAAGUUUUUGGGCAGACUUCACCCGACACACUAAAGUCACAAUCUCCGGGGGCGCCACCACCAGCGACUGACGUGGUUGAAAUGAAGCAUAUCACGGAUCAAAAGACAAACAACCCAGCACACGAGAGAACAAAACAGUAGAUUAGAGAACCUAGUGCUCAAAAACAUUUAUUGUUGCCGUCCAGUUUGCCCUUCAGACGAUGCGCAUUGUAGGCAGUCGAGCAUCCAAGUUCAGUUGGAGUCGACUCCGUUUCAUUCCAAUUAUGCGGUAAUAAUAUACUCACUCGAGGGAGCUCCAUCGCUCAUGGGCCGAAUCUCCCAGGAGACUUCUACACCCCAUGUACCUCCCUGAGCCUUCACAUUGUAGCACUGAGGAGCCUUCGAAAGACAAAGGUACUCGUCGCCCCGAAAACCGUCCACCAAACCUCCCUUGAAGACAAUAUCAGAGCUGCCUUCGGGUUGAAUCGUCACCGUAGUCGAAUCCCAACCGUCCCCAAACGAGUCGUACAUGGUGAGGCGGUAUUUCGUUUCGUCUUUGUUGCAUACCGUUUUGGACGGAUCCGCUCCCUCACCGUUCGAACUCGGGUCACCGGCACACUUGGUGGUCAGGUUGCUGUCGCAGUUGUCGCUCGAGGGAUCCUUACAAGCAUAGCCGUCGUGGCCACACUCCAUGUAACUGGAAGUAUCCGUGAUCUCGCAGGUAUCCUCACAGCAAUCCCCUCCGUCGUAUCCACAGAUUUCCGUGUUGUAGCAUCCGUCGAUGUUGUCGUGGCAGACGCCGUCGCCGAUCCAGUUCAUGCGCAUUCCUUCCCAUUUGCACUCGGUGAGAGAGGCACAGUCCACGGUGUUCUCGUCGUCGUUCUCGUCGUCUUCAGCGCUCGUUGCGUCGUCGUCGUCCCAGACGACACAUGAGCUGAAGGCUGCGCAGAAAACAGUUUUAGCGAUGACGUCGCUGUUGAGACUCGUGCAAUGCCCCCCGCCGGUCAAGAACUUCACGACCUCGUCGCAAGUAAUUCCAGGAGUCACCCCCGUCCAAUCGAUGUUUUCUAGUGCGAGAGUUUCGAAGCAACUCGUGCACACAUCGUUGGGGAGGCACUUGAUAAAGGCGGAAUCGCAAGAUUCGGCUCCACUGUCUCCGUCACCAGCAAGAAGGCGAUGAAUGUUUUCGCGAGUUGCGAAGAAUCGAUUGUCGAGAAAACGGUCUGGAUUAGACGCGAGGCUUUGUUCGGAAGACCAAUUAUGAAACACAGGGAGAAGAUGUUAGUCGGGACUGUAAACAUGACGA